AUGCGGGGGCCUCGAAAGGCCGCACACGCGGGGCAUAGAGACGUGGUCAGGCUACUGCUAGCAACCCGAGGAAUUAACGUCAACACGAGGGACGAUUCUGGCAAUACAGCGCUACUUGAGGCUGUCCAACAGAAACGGGACAUAGUGAUCCAGUCGCUUCUCGCAAUCCCGGGGAUUGACGUGAAUGCAAAAUCAACUCUUCAUGGCCGAACACCGCUCUUUGAGGCUAUAAAUGGGAGGCAAACGACGGUAGUGCAGGCACUAUUGGCUAACCCUAGCAUCAAUGUAAACAUCAGGGACGAGGCUGGUAUCACACCGCUAUGGCAGGCUGCUCACAAUGGAGAGAUAUUGCUCGUUCAGAUGUUGCUCGCAUCUCCUCGCGUUGAUGUGAAUGCAGCUGAUAUCUCCGGCAGAACACCACUCGCGGAGGCUGCCUGGGAAAAUCAACAAUUGGUGGUUGAGCUACUCCUAAGUAUUCCGAGUAUCAGCUUGGUCCAACUACUGCUCGGAAAGGUCGCAAAACCAGGUCUCUAUGUAAACGCCAAAGACCAAAACGGUCGAACGCCGCUGUCGUUGGCCGCGGAGCGCGGCCACAAGGCGAUCGUUAAGGUCCUGCUCAACGUCCCCGGAGUCGACAUCAAUGCACGCCGGAAACGCGAUGCAACACCGCUGCACUUGGCCGCUGCUUCAGGACACCACGAAGCGGUUCAGCUCCUAUUGACGGCGCCAGGCGCCGGUGUAAAUGCGAAAGGGGGAUUUUACAGUAGCGGCGGUAGUAGUAUUGCGAGGCCGCUAUUUGUCCCGGGAGAAAUCUAUCACGGCCCAACGCCGCUGUGGGUCGCCGCGGCGAGCGGUCAACACGAAGUGGUCCAGAUGCUUUUGGCGGCGCCUGGGAUCAAUGUGAAUGCGAAAGGGGGACCGGGCGGUGGGACACCGCUUUUGAUCGCGGCGCAGAAUGGGCACGAGAAAGUAGUCCAAAUACUGCUCGGGGCGCCUGACGUGGACCUAUCGGCAAAGGACGACACCGGCAGGACGCCGCUGGAGAUAGCCUCCUGGAAGGGACAUGAUAGGAUCGCCAAGCUGCUGCAGCAAACCCAGCAGAAGGCGAAGGCGAAGACGGCGUCAAUCUGGGAUGCAGUUCCGCGAAUUACGUCGUAG